AUGCCUCCUAACUUAGAAGUACAAAAUCCCGAAGAAGAAGAAGAAGAAGUGGAAGUGAAUAAUCAAAUUACAAUUGUUUUAACACCUAUUUCGGAUUAUAGUUCCAGUUCGUCGGAAAUAAAUGAUACUAAUUUAAGUGAUGAAUCGAUUUCGACCAUAGAUGUUCCUUUACCUGAAGAUCCUGCACCGUAUCUUUUGGAGCAAACAUUUAAAGAUUUUUUGUAUCUAAGCAUCUAUACUCCAAAUCUCCGAGAAUUGAUUCUUGAUGGAAGUGCAGUAUCGUCUUUGAGAGAUCUUGGAGGAGGUUUAAAAAACCUGAAAAUUUUAAAAGUAAACAGAUGUGGUCUGACUUGCAUAGAUGGUGUUUUUAGUAUAGAACAAUUGGAAGAACUGCAUGCUGCUGAUAAUGAGAUUGCUACGCUAGCUCCUUGUGCAUUUUUAACCAAUCUCAGAGUUCUUGAUGUUCGAAGAAAUCUUCUUUCAAUGGAAAAUGUACCUUAUCUCAGUUUUUGUGAAAAUAUUGAAGAAUUAUACAUAGAAGGAAAUCCUGGAAUAAUGUCACGUUUUCUUGUUGAAUUGCUGCGACAGAGACUAUCGAAUAUUAAAAUUUUGGAUGGAAUGUUACUUACAGAUAUUAUCAAUGAUGUGAAUGGAGGCAAUGAUAAUAAUUAUGUUGUUGUACAGAACAGUUUAAAUAGAAACAUCUCCAAUCGGCAGCAGAAUUUGAACUUUACAGUUGAUUUUCCACCAAGAGUAGUUUUGCAACGUUAUUUUUAUAAUGAAUAAGUAAAAUAAAAUAGUAAAGAUAAAGUAUAUUUAUUAUUGAGAGAAAUAGAAUGAAAAAAUAGUUAAAUAAAAUUUAGAUAAAGG